ACUUAUUUACCAGAAGGCAGCCUUAGCCCUCAGUCUCCCGCACUCGCUCUUUCCGUCAAGAUGGCGACCGCGAUCAACAAGAAGAAGAAGUUCGUCAAGGACGGUGCGUUCAGAGCCGAGCUGAACAGAUUCCUCACCAAUGAGUUGGCUGAGGAUGGCUACUCGGGUGUCCAGGUGCGCCACACACCUGCCCGUACAGAGAUUAUCAUCUUGGCCACAAGAACCCAGAAUGUCCUCGGUGAGAAGGGACGUCGUAUCAGGGAGCUGACAUCUCUUGUCCAGAAGAGGUUUGGAUUUGCUGAAGGUUCAGUAGAGCUCUAUGCUGAGAAGGUUGCCCAGCGUGGUCUUUGCGCCAUUGCCCAGGCCGAGUCUCUCCGUUACAAGCUUGUGGGAGGUCUCGCAGUUAGGAGGGCUUGCUAUGGUGUGCUCCGUUUCAUCAUGGAAUCUGGCGCUAAGGGUUGUGAGGUCGUUGUGUCUGGUAAGCUGAGAGGUCAGCGAGCCAAGAGCAUGAAGUUCACUGACGGUCUCAUGAUUCACUCUGGUGAGCCCCGCCGUCACUACGUUGAUACUGCUGUCCGUCACGUCCAUCUCCGCCAGGGUGUACUCGGUAUUAAGGUCAAGAUCAUGUUGCCUUGGGACCCCACUGGCAAGAAUGGCCCACGUAUCCCUCUCCCUGAUCACAUUAGCAUUGUUGAGCCCAAGGAGGAGAUCCUGCCCACUGAACCCCACUCUGAGAAUAAGAUGGAAAAGAGUGUGCCUCCCCCAGUAGCAACCCCUGCUGCUGCGCCUGUACCAACUGAGUAAUUGUAAUACAAAAGAGGGGAAAAUAAAAAAAAAAGCCAAACGGA